CUUGCUUCUUCUGGCCUGAUUGAACUCUUGUCACAAGCCGACAGUUGCUUUGACGCUAAUAACUACCUUCGUUACUACUUACACUUCUGGCUUGAGGGGGAGUCCGCCUUUCUCCAAGGCUGCUGUCAUCACAUCAUCCUCAUUUUGUCUCCGAGUGGUCUAUGCCCACCCCCUUCCAAUCCUGUUUCCUGCAAGCAAAAUUCAGGUGCAUCUGCUGUCAUUCAUCAAGAACUACUACGGAGCAAUGGCCCUCCCUCACCCGCCCGCCGCUGAACGAACAAUCCGGAAAAUUGACAUUGCUCAGGUGUCCCUCAGCCUCCAAGAUCGUCUAGGCCUCGCCAAGGUCAAGUACCAGAAUGGUCGACUACAUGCUCUCGACUCCAGCGUCAAUGGGGGUAGACAGGCUUCCCUGGGAAGUGACAAGCCAUCGGAUUCUUCGUCUGAUAUUUCCCACGGUCGUAGCGAAACACCUUUGACUCCGCCACCCUUGCCGAAUUCGUCGUAUUCGAAGGAACUGCCCAGAUCAUCCCGCAACAAACAUGCAGCAACCUUCGACUCCCGAGUUAUGCAGCCGAUGCUGUCGGCCAGUCGAAAACGCCUACGGUCGGACUCUAUCACAGAACAAACAGUCAAAGCACCUCGAGUCUCCUGGAAGGCUUCAUAUCAGCUGCCUGAAUCAUCCCCUGGGUUCAACCGACACCGUGGAGGCCGACAUCUCCAUCUCCCUUUUAUGACAGAAGCUGCCACAAUUCCAGAAUAUUCAUCCCCCGCAUAUCCGCCUGCCUCUGAGGAUGAUAAUGAUCCAGACCUUCCCGUCCACAGUUUCCAGGCCGUAAGCUCCAUGGUGGGCUCUUCUCCACGCACUCCCCCUCCCAAGCACGCCCGUCUGUCUCGCAACGAUCGAAAUCUCCGACACGAAGACGGAGCAGAUCUGCUUCUAUACCUUGCCAAUUCUCCUACGCCAGCUAGUGUCAGCAAGCCCCAAGCCCGGGAGUUCCCUCCUUCAACGCCACCGAGCCAGCAUGCCGUUCUACCGUCUCUGACCCCGACCCUUGGAGGGGGCGGUCUUUUCAACAACUUCGGCACUCCAAACCAACAAUUCAAUUUUGCCGACUUUGUGAACGUGACCCCUAGCCCAGCCCAACCAGCUUGGGGCGGGCGCACGCCAGGGGGUCCGUCGAGGACUCCGCUUGCCAAUAAGGACCGCAGACGCUCCAACUUGGACAGCUUGCUGCCUCCGAGUGCGGAUAGUCCCAAGAUCCGCGGGAAGGGAUUGGGAACUGUGUUGCAACUAGGGGAGGAGCUCCGGCCAUAAUCAGAUGGCCACAGGAUGCAUAUGUCUGCUUGCAUUGUGCGUGCGAUCUGGACUUAUUAUUCACGACUCUUGAUGACUGUUAUGUGCACAUUACCCCAUUCUAUUUCUAGUCUCAUACCCCCAUUGCUUUGAUCUUAGUUUUCUUCUAUAUCCCCUCAAUGUCUCAAUACGAACCAUUACGGGGCCACGAAUGUUCAAAAUGACAUUCGAUCGCCCGUGCCCAUUUCUCCUCUAUGUUAUGGCCGGAGGAUCCUGAUUAUGACUUUUCCAUUGUGUGUGAAUAUCAUGUGAUCCACCAAUCGGUAAAUAUUUGACAAUCUUGGCCCGGCUCUCCCACUGGAUAAUUUUUCUUUCAUCAUAUCCACAUAUUUGAUGAGUACGAUUCAUUCAGAUUUCCUGCAAAUCUCCUAUCUGGUGCAACUGAUGACCCCUGCUCGGGAAUUUUUUAUACCAAUAAGCAAU